UGUUCACAUGAUAUUAUAUGAAUAUUAAUUCAUUCAUCCUAUAUCAUAAAAUGAAUGUCGUCAAAUGAGUGAUAUUAUCCGACUUACGAAAAUUCAUAGAAACUUAAGGAAUAUUAGGUCUAGGUGACAACUAAAGGUAAAAAAGUAUGUCAUCAGAUAUUCUUUGCGGACCCUGUGGUCGUACCGACAAACAUGGAAAUGCACAAGAAUGGUGCUACAAUUGCAUGGAAGGUUUUUGUCAUGACUGCGAGCAGGUUCACAAAUACCGGAAUGUCACUAGAGAUCACAAAUUAAUACCAAUUGACGACUUUCAUGAAAUAGAAAAUGAUCGUGUCAAUAUCAAAUGUGAUAAACAUGAAAAAGUGUUUUACCUUUAUUGUAAAACACACGACGUUGCUAUUUGUGUUGACUGCUUGCCCUCACAACACAAACAUUGUAAUGCUUUUGUCAUUUCUAUACACGAAGCAGCAAAAAAUGCAAAGAGAUCUACAGCAUUUGAAGAUUUAGAUGAUUCAAUAGGCAAUGCUUUAGAUGCAAUUAAACAUUUCAACAACAGUUGCAAUGCAGCUGAGCGUAGUAUUGAACUGCAAGAACAGACUGUCAAGAAAUCAAUUCGGGAAAUGCGAUUUAAAAUAAACAAAAAGUUGGAUGAAAUUGAAAAAAAAAUGUUAGAUGAGUUGUCAGAGCAAUAUGGAAAUUGUAAAUCAAAAUAUACAGAAGUCCUGAAUCAGGUGAAUAAAAUGGAUAAGAAAAUGCAGGGACUCCGAGAACAAACAUCCAAACUGAAACAUAUCGGAUCUAACAUAAAGGUAUUUCUCAGAACUCUUCAGCUCAACAAAUUAAUCCAGAACGAGGUACAAACCGUCAAAUUGGUGACUACCACAAUAAAGGAAUACAAGUUCGGUGUUGAAAUACAUCCGAAACUUAUUUCAUUAGUAAAUGAUGUUGAUAACUUUGGAAAGAUUAAAGUUGAUGAAAAAACCAUGAGUUUGUCAUUCAAGGAUGCAAAGGUUGGCCAAGCUCAGAUGGUACAAACAGCUGCGGAUCAAUCUUUUAAUCGUACAAGGCUACAGUUGCGACAAAAGUUCAAACUCAAUCGAAAAAAAAAUGUUUGUGCUUGUACAGUUUUACAAAACGGACAGUUAUUAAUUGCAAAUGUCCAUAGCUACGUGUAUAGCGAAAUAAUGGAGUAUAAUGAAGAUGGAAGGCAUAUCCGAGACAUACCAGUACCUGGGAAAUUGUUCGAUUUGACAGUUAUAGACAAUAAUCGCAUAGCAGUUACAUAUGGUAAUCAUAUGAUGAUAAUGGAUAUCGAAAACAACAGGGUUGACACAAAAAUAACCUUCGAACGGAGGUGUUUAGGAAUUUCAUAUGAAAAUGAAAUAAUUUAUGCAUUAGUCGUUAACGAAGGAAUCGUGAAGUUUGAUACGUCAGGGAAUCGAUUAUACACCAUGUGUACAGAAUGUAAGUUUAUUGAUACGGGAAAUGUUUUCUGUAUAACUACAACAAAAGACAGGAUAUAUUGUACCGACUAUUACAAUAAUGAAAUCUAUUGUUGCAGUAUGACAGGAAAAUACAUUUGGACAUUUACUGACAAAUUUCCUUUCGAUACUCAAGGGAUAUCAGCUGACAGUGAGCACAACCUGUUUGUUGUCGGGAGAAAUUCUAACCACCUGAUAAUGAUAAAACACAAUGGGACAGUCAGUAAGGUCUUACUUACUGAAUCGGACGGUUUGAACAAUCCAGUCCCCGUACACUAUAAUAGAGAUAAUAAAUUACUGUUGAUUUGUAACGAAUCAAAUGAGGAUGCGUUUUUGUAUAGUGUUGUAUAGAUAUUGGAAAGGAAAUAUGCAUUUAAUCUAAUUUAAUUUUUUUGUACGUGGCAGAAUUCAUGUUAAAUGUGUCUGUUAAAAAAACAUAUAGAACUAUUCAAACCAAUCAUUGUACGUUGGAAAGGAACAUGCAACACUAUAAUCAAAUCUUAGAGAAUGUAGCGAAAAAUAAUCUGUUAUACAUACAUUAUGAUAUAUCAUUCAAUAAAUUAUUUGUCUAAACA